AUGGCUUUCGGUGAACGAGGAGGCCGAGGCGGUGCCCGAGGCGGUGGUAGAGGUGGUUUCGGUGGUGGUGACAGAGGCGGUUUCGGUGGUGGACGAGGUGGCGGCCGAGGAGGAUUUGGCGGUGACAGAGGUGGACGAGGUGGUGGUCGUGGAGGUGGCCGAGGUGGAUUCGGCGGUGAUCGAGGUGGACGAGGUGGCGCUCGAGGAGGUGGACGAGGCGGAUUCGGCGGUGACAGAGGAGGUCGAGGUGGUAAAGCCGGAUUAGGUCGAAAAGGACCCGGUGCCGUCACUCUUGAACCCCACAAGCACGCAGGUGUAUAUAUCGCCAAGGGUAAAGAGCACUUAUUGGUCACAAGAAACAUGACUCCUGGAGAAUCAGUCUAUGGCGAAAAGAGAAUCUCAAUCGCUUCUACCAAUGCCGAAGGUGAGGAGGAAAAGAUCGAGUACAGAGUAUGGAAUCCUUUCAGAAGUAAAUUGGCCGCUGGUAUUUUGGGUGGUUUAGAUGACAUCCACAUCAAACCCGGAGCUAAAGUACUCUAUCUUGGUGCUGCUUCUGGUUCUUCCGUCUCUCACGUUUCGGAUAUCGUUGGUCCCGAAGGUGUAGUAUACGCUGUCGAAUUCUCUCACCGACCAGGACGAGAAUUGAUUGGUAUGGCUAAGAAGAGGACUAACGUUGUCCCCAUUGUUGAUGAUGCUCGACACCCCCAAAAAUACCGAAUGCUCGUUCAAAUGGUUGACGUUAUCUUCGCCGAUGUUGCUCAACCUGAUCAAGCACGAAUCAUCUCGUUGAACGCCCAUCAUUUCUUAAAGAAUGGAGGUGCAAUCGUCAUUUCUAUCAAAGCCAAUUGUAUCGAUUCUACUGCUCCCGCUGCUCAAGUCUUCGCUAGUGAGGUCAACAACAUGAGGAAAGAAGGUAUCAAACCCAAAGAACAACUUACCCUUGAACCUUAUGAGAGAGAUCACGCUAUCGUUGUCGGUAAAUACGAGAGACACGCAGGAAAUUAG